AAUAUUUAUUAUAAAUGUACAUUCAAUUGUUAAUAAUCUUUUUUUUCAGCGGACAUUUGACAACUCGAAUUGUGUGGUCUAUUCUUACUGAGAUACUUAGUUUUGUUUUUACUGUUGCAUUGGUCAUGAUUGAUACCUCUAAAAUACCAGCUCUAUUUUUCUGGUCAACUCUGUGGAAUGUAGUAUUGUUGAAUAUGGCAAAUGGUAUUUACAACAAUUCUGUUUUUGGGAUGGCAGCUAAACUCCCUGCAAAAUAUAUCGGUGCUGUAAUUCUUGGUACAAAUUUAAGUGGUACAUUUACAUCUAUCGCUAAUAUUGUAUCAAUUUCAAUAACUCCAGAUGCUCAAACUGCGGCUAUAUAUUAUUUUACCACUGCACUGUUUGUGUUGAUUACCUGUUUUAAUACAUAUUUUGCAUUGCCAUUAAACGUAAGUAGCUUAUACUUUUGAGUAUGAAUACACAAACAACAAAAUACAUAUAUUUAUAUGUGUAUUUAUGCUUUUAGAGAUUCUAUAAGUAUCAUGAUCUCAUUUAUCAACGACAAAUUGAAAAUCAACAUUCAAAACAAAGCAGCAGAGAACAUGAUCAAAUUCCUUAUUGGCAUAUUUUUAAACAGACCAGUCCACAAUUAAUUAAUGUAUAUUUUGUAUUCUUCGUUACUCUUUCAAUAUUUCCAGUAGUUCAUUCAGGUUUUACCUUGUUAAAUAAACCAUAGCAUAUAAUUACUUAUAAUAUUAUGUAACCACUUCUAUGUCAUAGAUAUUAAAAUGUCAAGUAAAGAUUUUAUUUUUGGAGAAACAUAUUAUACCAGCGUAAUGUGUUUUUUGACAUUCAAUGUAUGUGCACUUAUCGGAACAUAUAUUUCUACAUUGGUUUCAUGGGUAA